AUGUUAAAUUUAAUAUUGUGGAAAAGUUUAUUUUACGCUACUUCAAUAGAGUUGGGACAUCACGUUGUUAAAACUGUGAUUAAGAACUCCGUUUUCAUAGUGGCUGCACAUUUUACCAGGCUGUUCCGGGAAGCUCAAGUCACUCCAAUUAGAUGGGAAGGGUUACCAUUCAAGUCUUUAUCUUAUGAGAUGUCUAAUAGUCUCGAAACCCCUGUCCUAAAGGAGGAGAUCAAAGAAGCAAUAUGGAACUGCGAAGGCUCAAAAGCCCCUGGACCAGAUGGCUUUAAUUUCAAUUUUCUAAAGAAAAGCUGGAGUAUUAUAGAGAAUGAUGUCUGCAGUAUGGUUCAUCUUUUCUAUACUACUGGGAAACUCCCUGCAGGUGUAAAUUCCUCUUUCAUCACUCUGAUUCCAAAAAUCAAAGGAUCGUGCAAGUUAAAAGACUACAGGCCUAUAAGCCUGGUAAGCAGCUUGUAUAAAAUAGUUUCGAAGGUAUUAGCAACAAGGCUAAAAAAGGUGCUUUCGUUGGUUAUAAGUGAGACUCAAUCAGCCUUCUGCAAAGGAAGGCAAAUCAUGGAUAGCAUUUUAGUUGCAAAUGAGAUAGUCCAUCGAAUGAAGAAAAGAAGAAAAAAGGGCUUAUUGCUGAAGCUGGAUAUGGAGAAAGCUUUUGACUCAGUCAAUUGGAACUAUCUAGACAAAGUUAUGCUGGAAAUGGGCUUUGGUGCAAGGUGGAGGAACUGGAUAAGAGAAUGUAUUUCAUCUGCAAAGGUAUCAGUGCUGGUAAAUGGGUCACCAACCAAAGAAUUCUCCAUGGAAAAAGGAAUAAGACAAGGGGACCCCCUCUCUCCAUUUCUGUUCAAUUUAGCAGCUGAAGGACUACAUCAGUUGCUGGAAAAAGCAGAAAUGUCUGGCUUGAUAAAAGGGAUUGCUGUGAGGAAGAAUGGGCUCAGAAUUUCACAUCUACAAUAUGCUGAUGAUACCCUCAUCUUUCUUCAGGCGAAAGAGAAAUAUAUUCAGGUGGCAAAGAGAAUUUUAAGAUGCUAUGAAGUAAUGUCAGGUUUGAAGAUAAACUUUCAUAAAAGCUCUCUAGUGGGUAUUGGCGUGAAUAAGGUAUGGGCAGAAUCACUAGCAGUCAGAUAUUACUGCAAGUAUGAAUCCUUACCUGUUAAAUGUCUUGGAAUGCCACUGGGUGCAAACUUUAAUUUAGCAAAGACUUGGAAACCAGUAUUAGAGAAAUUUCAGGACAGACUAGCAAGCUGGAAAGGUAGGCAACUUUCAGUUGGGGGAAGACUCACGCUCAUCAAAUCUGCUUUGUCAAACUUACCCAUAUACUUCAUGUCCCUCUUCAGAAUGCCUUCAUCGAUUGCCAGGAAAAUUGAACAGAUGCAAAGGAAUUUUUUGUGGGGUGAUUCUGAUGAAAAAAGGAAAAUUCACAAUGUAAGCUGGCAGCAGGUAAUCAAAGCCAAAAAAUUGGGAGGUCUUGGAAUUGGUGAUAUCCUAAUAAAAAAUCAAGCACUAUUAUGCAAAUGGUUGUGGAGGUUUUUAACUGAGGAAAAUGCUCUAUGGAAGAAAGUCAUUCAGGAAAAAUACCAUCACAGAGAUCAUGGACUAAUACCUUUCCCAAUCUCAGCCUCAUCCCCUCUGUGGAGGAAUGUUCAUAAAUGCAUGUCAGAUACCGAGUCACAGAUGGGUAGAAUUGUGAAUGCAGGGCUUAAGUUUUCCUUAGGAAAUGGCAGGAAAAUAAGAUUUUGGCUCGAUAAAUGGGUAGGUGAUGUAACCUUAAAAGAGAAAUAUCCGAGAAAAGCGGAUAGGGUAAUCUGGAGUUAUGACUCAAGAGGAAUCUUCUCAGUUAAAUCACUCUAUUAUAAAUUGCAAGAAGAUGCCUUUCCCACAGAUGGUUCAGUGUGCUAUCAAGAUAUAUGGAAUGGUUACUGCCCACCAAAAGUAGAAUUCUUUGUCUGGACAUUGCUACAAAAGAAGAUAAAUACAAGAGACAAACUGACUCACUUGAGAAUCAUCCAACCAGCUGAUAAUAUUUGCCCUUUCUGUUCUACAGAACCAGAAUCAGUAAAUCAUGUAUUCCUUCAGUGUGUUGUGCCAAAGUCAAUGUGGUAUCAGUUUGUGUCUUGGUGGGGACUAGAUUGGUGCCCCAAUGGUGAUAUCAGUGCAUUCUUCCAACAAUGGAAAGGGCUGGUAAGGGGAGGCCUCCAGGAGAAAUUAUGGACAAUAUUGUUCUUUGUCAUUGUUUGGUCGAUAUGGAGGGAAAGAAAUGAAACUAUCUUCAGGGGCAAAUCAGUGGAGUGGAAUAAUGUGUAUUUGAUUAUCUUUGUUAGAUUGCACCAUUGGUUAACAAUUUUGGUGCCAAAAUUUCCUUACACAAGUUCACAAAUGUUACAAUGCGCAUCUACCUUAAAAUCAUGUUUUGAUGCCCUAAAGAGGAACCGCAGGGAAGAACUACAUUGGCUGCCUCCCUUAAGUGGUCAUUUGAAAUGGAAUGUGGAUGGUUCUGCAUUAGGAAAGCCUGGUCCUGCUGGAAUAGGUGGAGUUCUUAGAUCAAAUGAUGGCACAAUAAUAUGCCUUUUCUCCUGUCCUAUUGGCAUUUGUGAAUCAAAUGAGGCUGAAAUAAAAGCAAUCAAAAAGGCACUAGAGAUCACAAUAUCCUCAGGAAAUUUGUCACAGAUUUGCAUUACAUUGGAAACAGAUUCAGCAAAUGGUUUCAAGUGGAUUGUGGAUAGUGGUAUGAUGCCCUGGAGACUAGAGCAAAUUGGUAACGCAAUACAAAAUGCCAAAGAGCAAAUCCCCAAUCUGUCUGUGAAGCAAAUUGUGAGGGAACAAAAUGGUAUGGCUGAUAUCUUGGCAAAGGAAGCUGUAAGAAGGAACUAUGAUUUUAUAUCGUGGGCCAAGCUCCAGUCGUCCAGCUUCUGUGAUUCUCUAGAGUCUAGGCUCCAGCCGUCCAGAUCUCCGAUUUUGUCUCUAGGACCAGGAUGGAAAAUCGAGGACGGAAAAAGGGAAAACUAUUAUCUCCUUCUUCAACAAGAAACGUGGAGAAGAAACAUCAACAAUUGGAACAUCAACAAUUGUCGAUAUUCCUAUGAUUACUACAGAAUCUCAACCUCAAGCCAAGGUUCCUAUGAUUACUACGUAUUCCAAUAUGGAUUCAUCCGGUUUAUAAUAAAGAUGAAGUUAGACGUGCUUAUAUCAAAUGGGGAUCAAAUCAACCUGUCUUGGCAAAGUAUCCAAGGACUAAAAGCGGAGGUCAAAACCGACGAUUUCAACAAAGUUGUGAGAAAUGUUGAGGCGUUGAAGAAUAUAUCUCGGCAUAUCGAUAAAGUCAUGAAUGUUCGAAGUUUGGAAAAUGUUGAGAAAAAUUGGUUGUGUCUUAAGACUACCAUUGAUAGUGUUCGGUGGCUUACUUUACAAGGAUGCGCUUUGAGAGGUCAUGAUGAAUCUUUAACGUCAAAGAACCGUGAUAUCUAG